AGAAGAGAAGAACACCGAGGCACCGACCGGUCCAAGUCCAACCCAGCCGUCCCCUCCGAUCCGGGGGACUCCUCCCCAUUCCCAACUCCUAAACCCAUCGCCGCCACAGGCACCAUCUCCCCCGGCCUCAGCAGCCGCCAUGGCCGACGGCGCCAACCCAAACCCAACAUCCACACCCAGGCAGAAGGCAGUCCCGGACUGGCUCAACAGCCCGAUCUGGUCCGCCCCUGCCCCUAGCCCGCGCCACCGCUCCCCCCCCCCCCCCUCCCCUCCCCCCCCUCCCCCUCCCAAGCCGCAGCACGAUCCGACCCCGCCGCCCCCUCGUCAACCCGCGCGGCGCGACGGUGCAAGCUCUGACUCCGACUCCGACAGCGGCGGCGGUGACGAGGGCGCGGCCACCUCGUCUCGGACCCACCUCGUCGCCGAGUUCAAAGCGGCGCUGGAAAGGAAGGUGGUGGAUCUGGCGGAGCUGCGGAGGCUCGCGUGCCAGGGCGUGCCUGACGACCCCGCCGUGCGGCCUGUUGUCUGGAAGCUUCUCUUGGGGUACUUGCCAAUGGAUCAUGCUCUGUGGGCGUACGAACUGGAAAAAAAGCGGUCCCAGUACAGUGCUUUCAAAGACGAGCUUUUGGUUAACCCUUCAGAAGUUACCCGAAGAAUGGAAAUGACUAUUUCAAAAAGGAAGGAACAUAAUUCUGAAGGAACUGGAUUUCUCCCAAGGGCGGAAAUCGUCCAGGACGAACAUCCUCUAAGCCUUGGGAAAACUAGUGUUUGGAACCAACACUUCCAGGAAUCUGAAACUGUAGAGCAGAUUGAUAGAGAUGUUAAGCGUACUCAUCCUGAGAUGCAGUUUUUCAAUGGCGGUUCUUCUGAUGCCUUGUCUAAUCAGGAGUCACUGAAGCGAAUACUUACCAUCUUUGCAAAAUUAAACCCGGGUAUAAGGUAUGUACAAGGAAUGAAUGAAGUUUUGGCACCUCUCUACUAUGUCUUCAAGAAUGAUCCAGACCAAAGUAAUUCUGCUUCAGCAGAGUCAGAUGCUUUUUUCUGUUUUGUUGAGGUGCUAAGUGGAUUUCGAGAUAACUUUUGCAAGCAGCUUGACAACAGUGUUGUUGGUAUACGCUCCACAAUCAGUAAACUAUCCCAGCUCCUGAAAAGGCAUGAUGAAGAGCUCUGGCGGCAUUUAGAGGUCGUAACCAAGGUUAACCCACAGUUCUAUGCGUUCAGAUGGAUCACCCUGCUAUUGACACAGGAGUUUAAGUUCCGUGACUGCAUCCACCUGUGGGAUGCGUUAUUAGGUGAUCCAGAGGGGCCCCAGGCCACCUUGUUAAGGAUCUGCUGUGCAAUGCUAAUUCUUGUUCGAAGACGGCUCUUGGCUGGCGACUUCACUGCAAACCUCAAGCUUCUCCAGAAUUACCCACCCACAAACAUUGACCACUUGUUGCAUAUUGCUAAUAAAUUGCGUGGGCUAGUUCCCUGCUGAAUGAUUUGUUCUUUUUUUUUCCAAUGUUGUUUUUAUGGUAGUCCGCUGUCCAGAGAUGAUGCAUUAAAUCUGUAAAUGAAUAUCCAUACGCACUUUUUGACCCAUUGUUUAUCGUGUAAUGUAUGCCUGUUAAAGCUUGCUGUUC